UCCUUUGUGGGUACAGUACAUUGUAUUGAUGACGAUGGAGACGCUCAGAUGUUGUCAGCAUGAACUGAAUGAUUGGAACUGCAAUACAACCGCUGCUACAUGUAUGCGCGAACUGCUGGGAGCUCUGCGUACUGAUGGGUUACGCAAGUGCCACGCUAAUCACUUGUCACUGAUGCUGGCGUAUCCCACAAUGGAGUUGAGAGAUGUGCGUAGCAGAUCAGCGGAUAGUAUCAAGGAAUGCUACAAUUGCCAAAGGUGCAGUAGUUUGUAAAGAAGCCAUCCUGAAAGGUGAUGUGACGAUAGGAACCGGUACCGUCGUACAUCCCAAAGCACUCAUACAUGGAGAGGCCGGACCUAUUGUCAUCGGCAACAAUAAUAUCAUCGAGGAGCAAGUCGUCAUCCAUAACCGCCCACAACCAGUUGCUGAAGGAGAGACUGCGCCGAAAGACAAGCUCACCAUGGAAAUUGGCAGCAGCAAUGUGUUUGAAGUGGGUUGCCGUUGUGAAUCAUUACACAUUGGAGAUAACAACACGCUAGAGUCGAAAUGUCAUAUUGGUGUGAAGUCAGCCAUGACUAGUGGUUGUGUUCUGGGAGCAUGCUGUCAUCUGACCAGUCAAGAGACACUGCCUGAGAAUACGGUAGUCUUUGGCGAGGGCAAUCUGCGUCGAGUGCAAGGUGAUAAACCCACGGCACCGACAUUACAGCUGGACUUCCUAACGAAGAUAUUGCCAAAUUACCAUCACCUGCAGACGUCGCAGUCGGCAGCACCAGCAACAUCUUGACCAAAGCUAUCCUUGUCGUAUCCACCCUAUGUAGUCGUCUGAUUUUGCUGCAAACCGGCAUUUGUUGAUUCCGAGUCCCCCAAGAUACCAUUGACUAGAUCAGCGUACUGGUUGCCUUAUCGGAACCUAUCAAUUUCCUCUGCAUGUUCUGCUGCGGGACAUGUUAUCGUGUCGCAUUCUUUAGCAUGCUGAUCAUAUAGCACAGCAUUGCUUUUUAAUUAACAUUGUACCCAGCAUAGUGAUGCUGUCGUGGUUGUUCACGCCAGGUCAGUCAUCCUCACUUUCAUGCGCAUUGUCUGACUCAAUUGUGCAUGUAUGCACCACCAGUCUACAUGGGUAAAUUGUGGAUAUAUGCGUCAGAGACUGUUAUAAGUAGCCGUCCACGAUAUCUAUUCUGAGGCACUUCGCGCAACUUUUCUGCUUACCCCGGACGCCAGAACUUUCUCAGCUAUUGCUCGGAAGUGCCCGUUCAAGGCUAUAAAGCCUAUAAUCUCUGUUGCUGCAUAAUCUCUGUUGCUAGCAAAUGCCUGUACAAGGCUAUAAUCUCUGUUACUAGCAAAUGCCUGUACAAGGCUAUAAUCUCUGUUACUAGCAAAUGCCUGUACAAGGCUAUAAUCUCUGUUGCAAGGAAAUGCCUGUACAAGGCAAUAAUGCCGUCGGCAUACCUCAGUCUGACAUGCUGAACUGUUCACCUCGACGCUCCACGAGCGUAUAGCUCAAGUUUUCCUGCUGCUAUGCCAUCACCUCCACAGUAGGUAGGUAUAAUCAGACUUUCACCGGUCAAUCAUGUAUUUGAUUGUAUAAAGUAUUGACUUGUCUUCUUGUUGUGCAUGUCGACUUCUUGCUACUGCGGCCUCAUGAUAUUACACUUUUCAUAUCAUUGGAUGAUAAUAAUCAUAAAUUUUGUCAUAAUAUCAUGGAUGAUAAUAAUCAUAACUUUUGUCAUUAUCAUGGAUGGUGUCAAUCUGGCAAACAAUUGUCGCUGCUGUUAACACUGUAGUUAGAACACACACACACGCGUUAUUUGUUUCUUACAUGGCUACAAUCUGAUGUGUUUGUGGCACAUUCUGACAUCGUUCUUGUAUCGUGUGAUCCAGAAUUUUGCUUUUCUA